UCCGAUUAUGCUGCUGAGUAGUGAGUAGAACAUCGACGCAGCACGUAUCAAAGUGAUGGGAGACUCGGGCGGGGGCGGCGUAGCACUUGGCGGUAUCGACUCGGCGAUACCAACGUCCUAUCUAAACCAUCUGCAACAGGUUUUAUUAUCGAUAACCCCUGUGUUUGAAGUUCCGGGGAUGGUCAGCAAUUAGCGUAGGAUAAAAUCAGUCCUUGCUCGCGGGCGCUUAUGAUCUGGCGAUGGAACGACGAACCACAAAUUACCUCUUCUGUCGCUCUCAUUUCUCGUGCUUCAAUUCCCUCAUGCAAGGAAUCCUACCGCGCGCCAGAUGGACGGACUGCACUAUACUGACGAUUUGGGGACGAGUUCUAUGCGGCUCGUGAGGAUUUCAGUUGAGCCAGAUGAGAGCCGCAUUAUUCCAAGCCUGAUUGUCAGUACGCACUUGCUAGUUGGCCUGCCGGUAUACUAUGCGCUCUCCUACACUUGGGGACCGCCCUCAGUAGGCAAUGUUGAGUACGGCAACGUCGACAAAGUUCCAAUCCUUCUCAAUGGAAAGCACCUAAGGGUAAACCCGAAUUUACACGAUGCUCUGCUGCAACUUUAUCACUUGUAUCCUAGCGUGCCAUUCUGGAUAGAUGCCAUCUGCAUCGACCAAGAAAACCGCGCCGAGCGCGAAACCCAAGUCGGAAUCAUGGAUCAGAUCUACCGACGAGCAAUCAAGGUCGUCAUCUGGCUGGGAAAGAUCACAGACAGAGACCAAGUUCAACGGGGCGCCGGCCUUGUUAAACAAUACGCUCAGGUUGCCACCCGCGAAGUCUUGGGCAUCAUUCAAGCGCAGGACUUUGGUCUGGGCAUCGACAUCACGCAUCCCGAGUCUCUCAAACGCUUUGGUCUUCCAGUUCCGACGCAACAAGACGCUGAAGCUCUCAUCAGCUUCUACCGCUCAAGGUGGUUCCACCGAAUAUGGAUACUCCAAGAGGUCGCGCUUGCGAAAGAGGCCGAGGUCCUUUGGGGCGAUAUUUCGGUCCCAUGGGAUGACAUAGGCAUGGUCGCUACUUUCUUGCAGUUGACUUCCAUGGCUGCCGGACUGAGCUUUCACUUCUUGGGCGAUGGCUUCAACGUUACGGAGGUGGAUGCCGUCGGGCAAGGCUUCCUCGGCGCCAUGCGCAUCCAGUUCGUCCGCGAAUGGUGCAAAGGCCCAGACAGUCCGUUACACGGUGUGCUGGAUCUGAUUGAGUUUAUGCCUGGUGUCUCUGGGACAAGCAUGAGCAUCUUGCUGCUGCAGCUUGUGUUAUGGACAAGGGUCAGUUUUCAGGCUAGUGACCGAAGAGACUCUGUGUAUGGGUUCCAGGGUAUUCUAAACCACAUGUUUAAUGGGGAAAAGAUACCAACGCGGUUACAGGCUGACUAUGGGGUUCCUACAGAGGAGGUCAUGCUGCGGUUCACCAUUGAAGUCCUAGAAGCAACUCAGUCGCUGCAUGUGCUGGGCUUGGUUUGCGAUCCUGCUCUACGCCAAGUCCCCGGAACCCCAUCCUGGGUGCCUGACCUCUCGCCAAUAGCAGCUGCCAAUCCUAUGUUGGGGCCCUGCUUCAAGACCAUGGUGGCAGGGGACUCGUUGUUCCAUGCGUCGACCAAGACAACCGGCCACCAGAGUAGCGUAUUUCGGAUCAACGGUAGAAAGCUUCACGUCCGUGGACAGAGGGUCGGAGCCGUUAGGAUGACGGGCGAGGAACUGGACGAAGCAUUCCAAGGCAAUCUCCACGGCUGGGCCGAGUUGAUGCUUGCUAUGGAACCGGUAUACGUGCCCACAAGACAGCCUAGGAGCGAUGCCUUUCGACGAGCUCUUGUUCUAGACCAGGAUGAGUCUCGAAGGCCCGCAUUGCCUGAGGCUCUCCUAAAACUAAAUCAAGCCAUAACGUGGGUUAUUUUUCUUGCCGCACAGAAAGUGUUUGAUGAUCAAACACCCGCUGCCAUUGAGGAGUUUCUUGCUGAGAGACACCUCGUGUUCCGAGCUGCCGAAGAAGUGCAAGAUUGCUUCUUCCCGACGAGAGAAGUGGUCGAGGAGUGCUGUGGAAAGUACGGCAUGCUGCCAGAGACAGACGGGUUGCCUGACGAGGAGAAGCGGCGGUGGCUCGAGGACUUUCAGGCAGAGGCCUUUUCGGGGGCUGGCCUUCUCUUGGUCGAGGCUCUUGGUCACCGCCGGCCAUUCAUGCUUGAGAACGGUUAUAUUGGAAGUGGUCCCAAGUCCACCACGAAAGGAAACGAGGUCUGGAUUGUGUCGGGGUGCCGGACACCUCUGGUGCUGAGGAAGUUGGAAGGAGGGCAAGAGUAUAGCUUAAUCGGUGAGGCUCUAGCGAAGGAAGGCAAGAAAAUCGCAUCGAGCGCAGCCUCCAAACUCGUCCAAGAUGUUAUUCGUGAGCGAGACAAGACAUUCAGCAGACCCGAUGGCGUUGUCAGAAAAAAAGACGACCCCAUCGAAGGCCUUGUCAGAAUGGUGGCGGCAGGCGUCGGCUUCGCCUCGGAAGCUGUUCACUACAGACGAGAGAAGAAGAGAGUAGAGGGUGAAGAACUUGUUCGUCAAUCUCAGCAGCCAGAUGAUAUAUCUACACCAGAAGGAGUCAAUCACACCAUCUGGGCACUAGACGACGCAGAAGGAGAACCGGCCGCAAGAGAAACGGAUUCACAGUCUCCUAAGGAACCAAGUGACCUCGCCAAGGCAUUUCUCGAGAGACACCCUUGCCAAUCCAAUGUCAACUUGGGCACCAAACUCGCGUUGCCAGUGAUACUGGUUCAAAGACGGCCCAAGCAACGAGCUCGGGGUUUCGUUCGAGCGUACGCACCGGCCUUGAGCGAUAUUGGUAUCGACCAGGAGACCUUCCUCGAUUUUAUCGACACAUUCAACAAGGCCUUAGAGCCUAAUCCCUACAUAUACGCCAUCAACCUGGCUGGUUUGGCCGAGUUGGCGGUGCCUGACCCGUUGAUGAUGCUCUUCGGGGUCGCAGUAGACAUUGCGACUGAUGCGAUCAUGGAGGCGCAGAGCCGAUUCAAGUCCAAUAAGUUCUUGGACGGUGUCAAUGCGGAAUUCUUCAUCCCACGCGGGUUGAUAUGUCUCGUGGUGACUUGGAGACCCGACGCCAGCGACGAAGAGCUUGUAACCGCGGUCGACUUUGAAGGGAAGGCAAUCAAGUCUUACUCUGAGACGAGCCUCGUGGAAAAGAUGAAAGGCAUCGCUACAAAGAAGGUACCGAGCGGAGAGGGCCUGCGACAAAUCCAGGAACAGAUGCAGGAUGUAAUGAAACCCUCCAACGGCGCCUUCAAUUGUGCUGAGCCGGCACCGCUUGUCUUUCCUUCACUACACGAGAAGCCAGUCCCUUCCGGCGGAACUGACAAUCGCAAGAAGAAAAACGCGGUUGAUCGUGCAGAAACAUGGCUCGACGAGUAUAUGGACGAACGCGCCAAAGCAAAGUGGAUGGAGAAGAGUCCCGAGCUCACAAUGGUCAACAUGCUGCCAAAACCCGAGUUUCGAUCGCGGUAUGCCGACCCAAACCACCCGGCCACGAGUGGCGAUAUUGUAGCCUUUCUCACUGGUGGCAAUUGGCAAUAUGGACAUGGAAGACCAGCCGACAGCGGAAGUAAGGCCAGUUCUCAAUGUGACGGAGACGAUGAAACGUCAAAAAAGAAAGGGUCAAAAAGUAAAUCUUCAUCUUCUAAAAGCAGUGGCAGUAAGGCACAAGCAGGUGGGUUGAUGAACUUGUUACAAAAGGAAGUUUUGUACCUCGUCAUCGUAAACCUCCCCUCGCAAAACGACAGCCCGUCUCAAGGCCAGGAGUCGAAUACCGUCCCCUUCAGAUGAGCAAAUUUUCAGCUGGUGUUUAUUGGCCUACCCGCUGAAGUAUGGUUUGGCGCAAACGAGCUAUAUCUAAUAUGCGAUGGUCACAUCCCGAUGAUGAGUUGAUAUAUUGGCUUCAUAUCCUGGCUCUCGCGUAUGUUUGG